AUGUGUAAAUCUUUUAUGAGUAUUAGAAGCGAACCGGAAAAAAGAGGAGAAAAUGUUAAGGAAAGACAACGAGGAUGGUCAUCAUGGUCACCGUGGAGCACGUGUUCGAGACAUUGCGACGGUGGUAUAUCUUAUCAAAUGAGAAGAUGUCGGAUAUCGAAUAAUGGUGGGGGAUGUCACGGGGAAGGAAUUCGUUAUAAAAUAUGCAACAUGCAGGCGUGUUCAGAACCCGUGGAUUUUCGAGAAGAACAAUGUGCAGCAUUUAACGAAUCCCCAUACGAUGAUCAAUAUUUAAAAUGGUCUGCUCAUUAUGAUGAUAACGAACCUUGUUCGCUUACAUGUCGCGGAAAACCUGAUAAGGAACCUAAAGAAAAAUCUGAGGAAGAUGAUGAAAGUUCGAUAAUUGUACAAUUGGCACCCAAAGUCCGCGAUGGAACACGUUGCAGACUUGGAAGUUUGGAUAUGUGCGUGAAUGGAAAAUGUUUGAGAGUCGGGUGCGAUCUUCGAAUCGGAUCAAAUCGUAGAAUUGACGAAUGCGGAGUUUGCGGAGGUGAUGGAUCAACUUGUGCUCAACCUUUAUAUCAAUGGGAAGAAAAAUCAGCAUCCCUUUGCUCUGUAACAUGUGGAGGAGGUUAUAAAAUGUCGAGAGCGGUUUGUAAAAAUCGUAUAACCGGCGAAGAAAUGGAUGAACUUUUAUGUAAUUCAUCGAUAAAGCCCCCCGCAAAAAUCGUGGAUUGUAACGAUAAUCCAUGUUCUACGAGAUGGUCAAUCGACGAAUGGGGGCCAUGUUCGGCCACGUGCGGAAACGGAAUCAAAAAUCGAAACGUUUAUUGUAGCGAAAAAAUUAAUUUUACUUCAAUUACUUUUCGAGUUAAAAUUGUUCUAGAAGUUUCUUUUAGAAAAAACUUUAAAAAAGAAAAGAUUUUAAAAGAGUUAAAAGUUGUUAAUUGUUUUUUUUUUCUUCUUAAUUAUCUGACGCAUUUUAGUUUUGUUUUUGUACCUGAUUAUCAUUGUUCGAAAACAAAACCAUCAACUGAAGAAUCUUGCAAAAUAAUGGAUUGUCCUAAAUGGGUAGCACUCGAAUGGUCGGGAUGUUCCGUAUCGUGCGGCGAAGGAAUUCAAACGAGAACAAUCGGUUGUAAAAAUGGUUCGAAACCCUCGAACGUUCCAUGUAACGAAUUCGAUAAGCCAACAUCGAUACAAACGUGUCAUUCGGGGAUUCAAUGUCCGGAAACGACAAAAUCAUCAUCGUCGGAAGGAAUUGAAGAAGAAGAAGAAGAAAUUAAAAAUGGAGAAAAAGAAGAAAAAAAUUUAAAACAACAACAGACAUUUUAUCGUGGUUAUCCACCGGUUGUACCACUUUUGGGUCCCAUCGAAUCAGGUCCUUAUGGGGCAACAGCCGAAAAACUUGUCGGAAGUGAAAUAAUUCCAUCUCAUCAUUCUAUUGGCGCCACUUUUAUUCCCGAAAAAUGGGGACCCUGCAGCGUGACAUGCGGUGAAGGUGUAAGAAAAAGAGGAGUCGAAUGUAAAAUAUAUUUGGAAUUAACGGGUGCCAUUGCAAGAUUACCAGACGAACAAUGCAGAGGACCAAAACCUUCGACACUCGAAAGAUGUGUUUUAGAUCCUUGCGUUAUGAAUAAUAAACCUGUGUCCGAUCAAUAUUCUCAUGUUGCACCUGAAUCAUCCGGUAAAACGUAUUCGUGGAAGCAACAAGGAUUCACUCAUUGCAGUGCAUCUUGUUUGGGUGGCGUACAAGAAUCCAUAAUCAAUUGUAUAAGAGAUGACGAUCAGAAAGUUGUCGUACCCUUACUAUGCUCACCGGAAACCAGACCGGAAAGUUUAAUAAGAACUUGUAACGAUCAACCGUGUCCUCCACGAUGGAAUUAUUCUGAUUUUCAACCUUGUACUAAAUCUUGCGGCAUCGGAAUACAAACAAGAGAAGUUAAUUGCAUACACGAAGUGACCAGAGGUGGAGGUACUACCGUUGUCGUACCUAACAGCAUGUGUCCUCAACCGCCACCGCCGGAUCGACAAUAUUGUAACGUAUUAGAUUGUCCGGUACGAUGGCAUACCGGAGAUUGGUCAAAAUGUUCGAAAAGAUGUGGCGGAGGUUUAAAAACAAGAACCGUUCAAUGCAAACAAGUCAUGGCUCAAAAUCAUAUCAUGGAUCGGCCCAUAUCAAUGUGUCCUUCCAUAAAACCCCCGGAUAAAAAACCAUGCAAUACAAAAUCAUGUGUGGAAACGGAUCGACCGGUUAUUGCCAGUGCCAUAAAUCAAACGUACGUUCAAACGAACGCUGGGAAAAAAAAAAUAUCGUUAAAAAUUGGUGGUAGCGCACAAGUUUUUUUGGGUACUCAAGUUAAAAUUAAAUGUCCGGUUAAAAGAUUUGACAGGUACUGUGUUAUCGAUAUAUAUAAUAAAAAUUUUCUAUCAAUAAAUAACAUGUCUUAUAGAGAUAGCGGAGUUUAUACUUGCAUAGCAUCGAGAUCAACGGCUGAUAUAACGGUGACAGUAAAACCAUUGCCUGGACAUUUUCCAAAUUCAGAAGAAAUACAUCAAACUCAAAAUAAUUUGGAAAAUCCAAGUUAUUAUGAGCCCAAUGCAGAUUCGAAUGAUUUAAGUCACGAAUUAAAACCUGAUGGUAUUCCUCCGCCGAAAAAGACAAAACAAAGAAAAUAUAAACCCAUUCCGACGAUCAAACCGAUUUCUAAAGAAGAUUUUAAUUCAAUAAAUAAUUAUGAUAAAUCAUGGCCGCCAUUAACAUCAACGACAUUAAAAUCCGAUCAGGACCAAAGUGAGGAAUUUUUCAGCCAACCCUCAGGACCUUAUCCUUCGGGCCCUGGGGGAUUUUCAAGUUCUGGCAGCUCUCGCGCUAUGCCUCAUUUUCAACAACUUUUGGCUAAUCUCCAGAACCUUUUGCCUUUUCAGGCUUUUGGAAGUUCUAGGGGGCACAGGGCUCUUGCCGCUGACUUAGCCCCCGGUCACCGCUCAUUAUUGGCCGAUCAUCCGGGACCCUUUCCAUUGCCGGACGACUAUACCGAAGAUACAGAUUCCGAUGCGGAAGAUUCGAUGGGUCCAAUGAUUAUAUUGGGAAAAGGAAAUCCGAAAAAUUUAAAAUUUGAAUGGGAAAUAAAGCCGUGGAGCAGUUGCACCGUCUCUUGCGGCGAAAAUGGAUUUCAGGUAGGAACGAGAGUUAAUAAUAAUAAUAAAAAAACAACGAGAACCAUUCGAUGCCUUGUUAAAUUAAACAACACAACGCAAGAAGUUAAAGGUGACUUAUGCGAAGAUGCCGGUUUGGAAACUCCAAAUAAAAUACAAAAUUGCGGACUGGAAUGCCCGAGUUGGACUCAUACGGAUUGGUCUCUAUGCGAAGAUUCAAGAUGUUUUACCUGGAAUACGGCCAUGCAAAAAAGAGAUAUAUCUUGCACUUAUAAAAACGGUACGGAAGUUGAUUCGUCACUUUGCGAUCAAAACGAAAAACCGACUCAGCGACAAGAAUGUUACAAUGACAAAUGUAAAGGCACUUGGAAAGUGGGAGAAUGGUCGGAGUGUGCUGCCGAAUGCGAAACGGAGGGCGUUAAAUAUCGAAUAUUACAAUGCGUUUGGUACGGUACUAAAAAACCAGCAGGUAAUGCGUGCAGAGAUCAACCGAGACCGUCCGUUAUGAAAAUAUGUAAAGGACCUCCAUGCGUGGUUGGAGGCGAUUGUAAAGAUCAAUCAAAACUUUGUCAUAGUGUUUUAGCAAAAAAUAUGUGUCGAGUUUACAGGUUUCACACUCAGUGCUGCUACACGUGUAGAGUUCGAUUAUCAAAUGUAGGUUAA